GUCCGCAGAGAUUGGUGGGCAUGGCUGUGGGCGUGUUCCUGCUUCUGGCUGUUCUGAUUGGUCUGAUCGCUGUGACACGCUAUGUCCUGAAGAGCACAGACCACACCCCCACAGCUCUGGGUGUGCAUUCAGCAAGGUGCUUGGUGACUCUGGAAAAUGUGGUGUGUCACCCAGUGAUGUGUGGGACCGCCCCCUCUGGUUACCUGAGUUAUCAGCUGAGAGCUGUCAGGACUUUUCACCUUGACAACCGCCUGGAGACAGAGACUCUCAUUCCCUGUUCCCUUGACGACCACCUGGAGACAGAGACUCUCAUUCCCUGUUCCCUUGACGACCACCUGGAGACAGAGACUCUCAUUCCCUGUUCCCUACAUACAGAUAAAGGAUCAGCUUCCCCUCUCACAGACUUUACCUUAACCAUUAGUGGAGGAAAAACAAAAUGGACCCCAGAUCAGCGUCUAGGGGCAACUUCACCUCACACCCUACAAACCCUGUCUACCUCCCCCUCUCCCUUGUCUUCCUCAUCUCUCUCCACUCCUCUCUCCACUGGCUAUGGUCUGGCCUGGGACAGUGUAUCCAACCAGAGCGACACAGAGACACACACAGACAUGCCUACUGACAUAACUACUGACCUAACUACUGACAUAACUACUGACAUAACUACUGACAUAACUACUGACAUAACUACUGGCAUAACUACUGACAUAACCACUGACAGAACCGCUGACAUAACUACUGACAUAACUACUGGCAUAACUACUGACAUAGCUACUGACAUAACUACUGACAUAACUACUGACAUAACUACUGACAUAACUACUGGCAUAACUACUGACAUAGCUACUGACAUAACUACUGGCAUAACUACUGACAUAACUACUGACAGAACCACUAACAUGACAACAGACAGAACGGCAGACAUAACUACUGACAUAACUACUGGCAUAACUACUGACAUAACUACUGACAUAACUACUGACAUAACUACUGGCAGAACUACUGACAGAUGGGAAAGCAGGUAUUCUCCCGAGUUAGAGGUCAGGGGUCAGGGGUUGUGCUUAGAUGUGCAUUCUCCCGGAGCCAGUCUAUGCUCCUCCAGUAGAUAUGAACCUCGCCCUGACCCAACCCUAAAAUGA